AUGCCACCGCGCACAAUUCAGUUGCUGGUGUACAACAGUCGCCUCUUCAACGCGCACUGGUCGAUCUUCGUACCGCGCGCGAACGACCCCAACAUUGGCUCUGUCGUCGGCGGGUUCGCUCUCGAAUUCGUCAGGAACUACGACAUCACAACUGACAGCCGUCCAAUACAACGCAUCGACCUCGCCACUGUGCCGGAAGAACACGUCAAGGACACCGAUGGCGAUGAAGAGGUCAUCGAUGGGAACGCAAACCCGAUUGAUCGCCUCGAGGAGGUCAUUGUUACUGUGCCUGUUCCGGGACCGAGCUUGAGGCCGAACACGGCUGCUCCUGAUAAACGAAUUGAAAUGCGUGGUUGCCAAUGGUGGACGAAGCAGGCUAUUGCCGCACUCAUAGCAGCUGGUUUGUUUAACGAGGAGGCGCAGACUGUGGCGGAUAACGCGCCUGUGCAAUGA